ACCUACCGACAUCGCGACGCGACACAGUGUGCCAGCCAUACGACCGGUCCGCCCUUGUGAAUUUUAAAUCGAGCUUUCUGGGCGUCAUUCGUUUUUACUAUUAGCCAGCGUCAAUCCCUUCCGCAUCGCACGGCUGCUGCCUACGUACACUGUCACAAUGUCGAACAAGACAUCCCGCCCGAAGCCUCCUCCUCCUGGCAACGAAGAAGCUGGCACGAAUCUCAAUCUGGGCGAGUUUCAGCAUGUUGAUACCCUUACACUUUCCGAAGCUUCACUGGUCCUCAACGCCCUGGUUGCAAAACGACGAAACGACGGCAAGAACGUCAACGAGACAGAGAUGCUGAACCAAACUCUCACAUACUUGGACUUCUUUGCCCGAUUCACACAAAAGGAAAAUGUCGAAGCUGUCGAACGACUACUCAGCGCCCACAAGAACCUGGCCAAGUUUGAGCGCGCGCAGCUAGGCUCCCUCUGCUGCGAAGAUGCCGACGAAGCCAAGACACUGAUCCCCUCUCUGACGGACAAGAUUAGCGACGACGACCUCCAGGAUCUACUAAACGAGAUUUCCAAGCUGCAGAACCGAUAGAGCUGCGGCGAUAGCAAACUGUAUACAAACGUUAUACCACAUGUUGAUAUGGUGCAAGGCACGUGCUAUAGACUAGUGGCGAGCACUUCCGGCUAGGCAUCGUUCACCAUUGCGGUAUCUUCUUUUAACUCGGCGUAUGGGUAAACGUGGUGUUUUCAUUUAUUUAGGGAAUAAGGCGAAAAAUAACAAUCAUAGUCUUUCAAUAGACAUGGAAAUAUAUCAAUAAACUUUUGUGAAAUCGGGCUCUACGUGUGUGUGAAGAAGAAAAGAAAAUCAAAUGCCAAUUUUACAUAUGCCUAUCCCAAGUAUAUCAAAGCGUCGAAAAAUAAACAAACAAAGAAUACCAGCAUAUUUACAGUUUCUCCAACAAGAUUCUGCUACCGGCGUUACCAACGGGUGUCUCAGUCUUCUUGUUCUUGUUCUUCUUGGCACCCUUCUCGUUGGCGGCCUGCUCCUUGGCCUCUCUGCUGGCCUUUUGGUCGGCUGUCUCCUCCUUAGCAGCCUUAUCCAAGAGCUUCUUGUUCUUCUUAAGAACCUUUCGGACGGCAUCUGCGUCUGAGAAGUCAGGUGCUUCAAGCAUGGCUACGACAACGAAUGAUGACGGGCCAGUAGCCCACUCGAUGAUGUAGUCCUUGAUAAUGGGGUAUAAGACGUUGGCAAACUCCAGAGGAGGCUGGAUUUGUACGACAUGGCCGGCAGCCUUGUCGAAACGGCCUCCCUGGAUUAUCGACUUGAGCAUUCUUCCACCGAACGCAGUCUGCGAAACGUGGACCUUGGGGUUAAGGUCAUCCUCGUCGGGAACUGCGUUGGGGUCUGUGCCGACAGACUCAGCAAUGGCUUGCAGAGCCUUGGCCUUGUCGCCAGACUCUGACAGCAUGACGUCUGUGAUGAACUGGCAACCGAAGGCGGUGCUGAUAAGAUCACCAGGAGAAGAGGCAAUCACUUCCAGAAGAUGGGGCAUCAACGAGGCGAUGAGUUCCUGCUUACGCGUGGCGUCGUCCUUCUUACUGGUCUUCUGCCGGAUCUCAUGAACCUCCUUGAUAACAUCCUGAGCGAAUGUUGAUCCUGGGGGGAAUAGCGAUUUUGACAGGCCCUCAAAAAGGUAAAGGAAGGUGAGUCGGGCAUUGGCGUUGUUGGCGGCACCAACAAUGUUCUGGACGACCUCCUCAUCCUUCUCACCCACAAGCUCAGGGAAGAUGGACUUGGCAGUCAACUUUGUGUCAUCGAUAACGUCGUAGGCAGCAAGGAUAACAAGGUAAGCGUAAUUAUCGCCAGCCAUCAUGAGGAAAGUAUCUUUAUAUGUCUUGAGGAUUUGCUUGCGGUCCUUGGCAGCGCCAUGGGCGAGCAGGAGACAUGCGAGGCGAGCACCGUUGCGGGUAAAUGCCAAGUUCUUGAGCAAGUCGCCAUUCUCGUCACCCUUGAUCAGCUCAAAGAACUCAGUAAAAUCUUCGGUUCCGGGCUCAAGUGAUAGGAAGUAUUGAAGCAUGGCGUCGUGGAGCAUUGUGAAACCGGUCAUGCGCUUCUGCACAAGAGUGUUGAUCAUGUCCAGCAGCGUCUUCUUGAUAGGGCUUUUCUUGCUAGGUUCAGCCUCGAGGAUCUUGUUGAGGUCGGCGGUGACGUUGGUAUCCUUGUUCAUCUCCUUCAGACUGAACUCGGGUCCGUACCAUUCGCGCAGGAGAAUGGCCUUUUGUUCCUUGGUAGCGACAGUUCGGUAGAUAUCGUCCAGAAUCCAAGAAGCCUCAGGGUGGUUGAUGAGCUUGCGGACUCUGCCGUAGAAGUGAGGGAUGAUAAGAUCGCGGAUCUCCUCGUCGUUCUGGACCAGCAAUUUGCCGAUAAGGAACUUGGCGUAUCUGCUCUCGGCGAGCUGGGCAUAAGUGCCCUCGAGUUCGUGGGCAAUUUGCUUGCGCUGCUCAGCAGUACCAUACUUGAUAGCAGUCUGUACAGCACGGACAGCGUCGUGCUUGAGAACAAAGUCCUUCAUACGGCCAGUGAUGAUUUCGAAGAGUUCGGUAACCAGCUUCUGUCUCUCCUCCUUGGGAACCUUGGACUUGAUUCGGAGCUUUUCCCAGAUCUUCUUUGUACGGUGGACCUCAUCGGCAAGAGGCUUAGCCGCCUUUCUUUCUUGAGCUAGUUGCUUCUGCUUGGCGUGCGAUUCGCGGGAGGUUUGUCCUGGAGACCAAAGUCAACAUACUGGCUAGGCGGCACAGAGAUCUAAGAUCGUAAACAUACCUCGUUCGAAUGUCUUUCCGUUCGAAUCGUCAUCGUUCUUCUUGAACUGCUUAUGCGAGCGGUUCUGGCCUAGCUUAACACCGCCAUCGUCGGAAUCCGAGAAACUCUCAAAGUCGUCGGACCCGUUGUCUUGGGCUUCUUCAGGCUCAGCAACCUCUUCAAGCUUGGCUUUCUUGGCUUUUCCGUCAGAUUUACCCUUUUUGUCUCCGGACGCCUUGCGCUUGUUGCCAAUGGCAAGAUCUUUGGCUGC